CUCCUUCCGCUUCCAUGGCGUCUUUUUUUUCUCCUCUCCUUCUCUCCCCCUGUUCCCAUUGUCCUCCUUCUAUCUCCCUCUCUCCCUCGAGGUUCGCCGCCGAGAGUUCUCUGGAAGAGCUCCUCUCAUCUGUUCCAGAUCUAUUUGACCAUAAGGCGUUGGUGGAUCGUAGCUGUUGCUUACGAGAGCGAUUGUGGGAGGCAUGGAGAGUCUCCGGAGGGUGGAGUCGCGUUGCUCGGUCGCCGAUACCGACGACUUCGACCUAUCACGGAUGCUUGACAAGCAGCCGAGGCUGAACAUUGAGAGGAAGAGGUCGUUUGAUGACAGGUCGCUAAGUGAGCUCUCGAUUUCCGGGAACUUCAGGCAUACCGAGAGCUAUGAGAGCAUGUUAUCCCCCAUGGCGACGCGGUCAGUACUUGAUACGCCGGCCUCGUCAUCUAAGAAUGUGUUUGAUCCACAUCCAAUUGUUUUCGAGGCAUGGGAGAGUCUCCGGAAGUCGCUGGUGUUCUUCAGGGGGCAGCCGGUGGGGACGAUCGCCGCUAUUGAUCACUCCUCGGAGGAGGUGCUUAAUUACGAUCAGGUUUUUGUCCGUGAUUUUGUACCAAGUGCUCUGGCUUUCCUGAUGAAUGGUGAGCCGGAGAUAGUUAAAAACUUCCUUUUGAAAACACUCCAACUUCAAUCAGGGGAAAAGAAGAUUGAUCGUUUUAAGCUCGGUGAAGGAGCCAUGCCAGCAAGCUUCAAGGUGCUCCAUGACCCUCGUAGGAAAAAAGAUACUAUAAUUGCAGAUUUUGGGGAGAGUGCUAUUGGAAGGGUUGCACCUGUUGACUCUGGCUUUUGGUGGAUAAUUCUUCUCCGUGCAUAUACAAAGUCUACAGGGGAUUUAUCUCUGGCAGAAACACCUGAAUGCCAAAAGGGCAUGAGGCUUAUAUUAUCUUUAUGUCUGUCAGAGGGUUUCGACACGUUUCCAACCUUGCUUUGUGCAGAUGGAUGCUCGAUGAUAGAUCGUAGAAUGGGCAUUUAUGGCUAUCCUAUUGAAAUCCAGGCUCUUUUCUUUAUGUCACUAAGAUGUGCAUUAUCAAUGCUUAAAUCUGAUGCACAAGGGAAAGAAUUUAUGGAACGGAUAGCGAGACGCUUGCAUGCUCUGAGUUAUCACAUGCGAAGUUACUUUUGGCUUGACUUUCAACAGCUAAAUGAUAUAUAUCGCUACAAAACAGAGGAAUACUCUCACACAGCAGUUAAUAAAUUUAAUGUUAUUCCUGAUUCUAUCCCAGAGUGGGUUUUUGAUUUUAUGCCUAUGCGCGGUGGUUACUUUAUAGGAAAUGUCAGUCCUGCAAGGAUGGACUUUCGAUGGUUUGCUGUAGGUAAUUGUGUUGCCAUACUAUCUAGUCUUGCAACUCCAGAGCAAUCUGUGGCCAUAAUGGAUCUAAUUGAAGAGCGCUGGGAAGAGCUGGUCGGUGAAAUGCCCCUAAAGAUAUGUUAUCCUGCCAUCGAAAGCCAUGAAUGGAGGAUUGUGACAGGUUGCGAUCCAAAAAAUACUAGAUGGAGUUAUCAUAAUGGAGGAUCUUGGCCAGUACUUCUGUGGCUGCUCACUGCAGCCUCUAUCAAGACGGGCCGACCACAAAUUGCCAGACGAGUAAUUGAGCUCGCGGAGACCCGGCUACUGAAAGAUGGCUGGCCGGAAUAUUAUGAUGGGAAGCUUGGCCGGUACAUCGGCAAACAGGCAAGGAAGUUUCAGACAUGGUCAAUUGCAGGCUAUUUGGUGGCCAAGAUGAUGCUCGAGGAUCCCUCUAAUCUUGGAAUGAUCUCUCUUGAAGAGGACAAGGCGAUAAGGCCCGUGAUAAAGAGGUCAGUCUCGUGGACUUGCUAAGGGGGGUGUCAGAAGGAAGACUUGUACCAUAUUCUUUGGCAAUCAUUCAUCAUUCUCAUCUUUUUGCCUCUCCAAUCGGGAGGGUUGGUUGUUCAGCUGGCUUCAUCCCUGUAUGAAGUGUUUAUCUGUACUCUAUAAUUAUAUAUCAUCAUCAGAAAAUUGAGUUUCACAUAAGGUGAGGCUUGUUGAGGGAAACAAAAAAAAACUUCGCUGCUAUUGUUAAACACUAUCUAUACAAUUUAAAUCAAAUUGAUUCAGUUCAUCUGGAGACCAAAA